AAAGCUCUGGAGAGUUAGAUCUGACGUGCAACAAGGAAAGCACAGAACCGCACUGAGCAACCCCACCGUACGCCCCCAUCAUGUCUGCAACACAUUUCAACAGGGGACCAGCCUAUGGCAUGUCAGCUGAAGUCAAGAAUAAGCUAGCACAGAAAUAUGAUCCCCAGCGGGAACAUGAACUGCGACAAUGGAUUGAGGAAGUAACAGGGAAGCGCAUUGGAGACAGCUUCAUGGAAAGUCUGAAAGAUGGAGUCAUCCUGUGCGAACUUAUCAACAAACUCCAACCUGGAUCUGUGAGGAAAAUAAAUGAGUCCACCCAAAACUGGCAUCAGCUGGAAAACAUUGGCAACUUUAUUAAGGCUAUCACAAGAUAUGGAGUGAAACCCCAUGACAUUUUUGAAGCUAAUGAUCUCUUUGAAAAUACAAACCACACCCAGGUCCAGUCGACCCUGAUUGCUUUGGCUAGCAUGGCCAAGACAAAAGGCAACAAGGUGAAUAUGGGAGUGAAAUAUGCUGAAAAACAUCAGCGGAAAUUCCUGCCUGAAAAGCUGAAAGAAGGAAGGAACAUCAUUGGACUGCAGAUGGGCACCAACAAGUUUGCCAGCCAGCAAGGCAUGACAGCAUAUGGCACGCGUCGACACCUCUAUGACCCAAAGUUGGGCACAGACCAACCUCUAGAUCAGGCCACAAUCAGUCUACAAAUGGGAACCAACAAGGGGGCUAGCCAGGCGGGCAUGACAGCUCCUGGAACCAAGCGACAGAUCUUUGAGCCCACCCUUGGCAUGGAGCACUGCGACACCCAGAAUAUCUCCCUGCAGAUGGGCAGCAACAAAGGGGCCUCACAGCAAGGCAUGACUGUGUAUGGGCUGCCACGGCAGGUCUAUGACUCCAAGUAUUGUCUCACACCCACCUAUCCCAUAAUUGGAGAUGAGGAGGACCAGUACAACCACAGUCAUCAUAACUUCUACAACUCUGAAUAGCCAGCAGGAGUCGUGGGACAGAUAUAAAAUAGAGACAUCAGCACUGCAAGGCGUUUCUUAAAAGAUCCAUCGUCAUGUGGUUAUUUUAACCCAGGAAUAUAAGAAGAUUCAGACAGUUCCCUAAAUUGCUAACCAGCUCACUAAAGACUCCUUAAGCCAUGCCAGAGCCAGGCUUCCCCAUCACUGAGCCUUAAAGCUUCACCUUGAUAUCUUUCACGCUUUAUUUGACUUAUCAACUACUGUCACUGCUUUUGAGCAUGCACUAAUAUGGCUCAAAACCCUCAGGAUGGAAGGUCAAAUAAUAAAACCAGUAGGUUGAGAGAAGUAGAAAUAAGAGAAUGAGUCCUCUUAAUGUGGCUUCUCAAUUGAAAAAAACAAAACAAAAAAACUGGCUGCUGUCAGUCAUUAUUUCCCAGUGCCAUGUGCCAGGUGCUGCUACUGUUUUGGAUCAAUGCAGAAGCAGGCAAUGAAGGUACAACUUCUCUGGUAAAUUAUUAGCUCCUGCACUCCAUUUUGUACUCAUUAACAGAAGUUGCUUCAGGACAAGCUAUGUUUUCUGACCUGCUUAGGUAUAAAAUAGCAAGUUCUCCAUAUGCUAACUUUGCCAGAGGCUCCAAUAACAUCUCUUUCCUAAAACACACAAAGUUUGUGCAAGAGCACUGGCAACCUGAGCCAGCCACUGACUCCUUGGAAAACAAACAAGUUGUGGUGGAAAAUGUGUAUGGGUGGGGAGUGAUUGCAGGAGGUUGGACACACCAGCCAGGCAACACAACUAGAUUAUAUACCUUAACAGCUGUAGAUAUCCAGUGACAGAUCAUUUGGAAAGGAUGGCAGAAAGGGAGAUGCAAAUUUAAACCAAGCCUCUUCAACUUCUACACUUUCAGGCAGAAACUCUGUCUGGAAAUUGAACAGCUAGCUGUCCAAUACAAACUUCCCUGCAAAACAAAAAGCUUAACCCUUUUUAAUUCUUUGUCUAGUCCUAUAACAAGCAGAUUUUGCAUAAACCUGCUUUUAUGUUACAUGGAUAGGAAUGUCUUGGCAAUACACAACUGUUUCUUUGUACUUGCCUUACUUAUCUCUCAUUAGUCAGUAUGCCACUACAGUAUCUCUGAUCUCAUUCAUUCCACUCAUCCCCAUGCACAUAUUACUUUGCAGUAAAUAUUAGAAAUUUGUGUAUUCGCAUACAAUCUAAGAAAGAAUGUAAAGGUAUGGCUAAUUGGGUAAAACUAACAGAAACAUAGGUUAUGUAGGAACCUAAUUUAUUUUUAAAACAUUCUUCUCCUGAUUUAUGUAAACGAUCAUGUGUCUUGUACAAAGACAAAAUCAUCUACCAUAAAGCCCAUACUGUGCAAUUCAAAAUGUGAGUUAGAAGCCUAACACAUACACACUUCACACAGAAGUAGAAGAUUCACUGAUACUUGCCUGUGCAUCUAGCUGGGUUUAGAGAAGGACUAUCAUUUAAUUAGAAAUAAAUCAUAGUUGAUUAAUUAUGGAGGUUUUAAUCAAUUCAAUUUGUAUACAUUUAGAUAUAAUAUCAUAAUUGUUCUGGAAAAAAUUGCUCAAAAGAGGUAUUUUCUCCUAUGUAAAGGCAAAAGACUAUAAGGAAACAUUUGUUUGUUAGAUUUCUAUCCCUGCCUUUCCCCCAGGAACUCAAAGAAGCAUACAUAGUAUCCUUUCCUCCAAUUUCUCCCACAACAACAUAGAUCUGUGAGAAAAGCUGGGCUGAGAAAGAGAACCUGGCUCAAAGUCACCUGAGUGAGCUUCUGUGGGCGAGGGUGUUCCUAAUCUAACACCUAGAACAGUACAUCACACUGGCUCUCACUUUUUGCUGCCCAUGAAUCUGUAAUUAUGCAUAUUAAAGCAUUUUUUCUAUUAACUGAUCACACUUUUGCUCAAUUAAUCUUCUAAACACUGUACCUGUAGUUCAGGAUCGGUGUGCUUGUCAUCUGUAUGUAUAUUUAGUUGAGGAAUGGCUGACUUCACUGUUUUUUUCUAUUGCCAUGUUGUUUGUUAAUUAUCUAGAACUAGUGGAAUAUUUGCUUAUUUUCCAAAUCACCAUUUGGGAAAAUGGCAAAAAUAUAUACUACUGAAAAGCUAAUACAGUCAAGGAAAGCACCUGCCUUUUAUCUCCCUAAAAAUCCACAUCCUCCCUACAGUUGCAGGUGUUCUGCAUGCUGAGCAGCUAAAGGCACUCCUCCUUCAAAACAAAAACAAACAUAAAAAGGUAUGUUUCAUUGUAAUGUUCUGCUAACAAAUACUUCUUCAUUUCACUGUGGCACAAUAAAAAGAAGAGAAAAAAA